UGGCAUGGCCUCUGUUUAAUGAAGAGAAUAAAAGUUUCAAAACAUUUUCUGGAUUAAAGUCAAGAUAAUGUUGAUAAUAAAGGGUAAAAUUGGAAAAUAUGAUAUCAAUUAGAUGCUUACCUAAGGUCAGAGAUAAAACUCACUGAUCCAGAGUACCUAAAUAUCUUAUGGCUAUUAGUUCAAAGAAAGCUAAGAGUCCCACCAACUGAUUGAGGGAUAAUAGCGUACCUGGUUCACCACUUGAAGAAUUAUUGAUAUAUCCUAAUGUUAAUUCCCCGAAUAAACCAACACUGUCUUGUAUUAGAAGGAGAAAUAAUAAUAUUUUAUUGACAGAAAGCUCCUCCAUAAAUGUAAGCAUUUAGUAUCUCUUGCUCCGUUGUAAUAAUUAUUAAAAUUGGCUAUAUUAGGAUUCAGGGUUUUCCCCUAAGAAAAAUUUCAUUAUACGGUUUGAAGCAUUUCAUCACUCACUAUAAUGGAAAUAUAAAGAAGCAUCCAAGCAAAGAGAAAUGAGAGUCUUUAGCUUCUUCUUCCUUAGCAUGAUGAGCAAUGAUCGCGCUCGCAAAUAUGAAGAACUUCGAAAUUAAUAAUCAGGGUGAAUUUACAAAUUUGGAUAGACUAGGUUUUGGAAAAUAUUUCAAAAUACAUCAGGCCAUAAGUUUACAAAGUUUAAUUGCAUGGGACCAAGGAGGACUCUCAAGCGUCUCUAUAAUUUAA